UCUCCCACGCCCCUGGCGCAUCCUUCUCGGGGCCAAAGUGCGCUUCUCUUCCGCAGGCUCCCGCUCCCUGCAGGUGCCCGCCCAGCGCAGUGAGGAGGUCGCUGCUCCACGUGGGGUGAGAGGUGCCUGGUGGCGCUGCACCCAUGCUUCUGUCGUGGCUAACAGGACUGGGGGCCACGCUGGUCUUCCUGCACUUGGUGCAGAAAUUCCUGUUCCCCUACUUCUGGCAGGACGUCUGCUACCUGCUGAAGGUGACAGGCUACGGAAUUCGGUUGGAGAUCUUCAGAAGAAGAGGGGAGCUGGUUACUGUGCUUGAUAAGUUCUUGAGCCACGCCAAAGCGCAGCCCCACAAACCCUUCAUCAUCUACGAGGGAGACAUCCACACCUAUCGGGAUGUGGACCGAAGGAGCAGCCGAGUGGCCAAUGUCUUCUUGACCCAUUCCACGCUGAAAAAGGGGGACACGGUGGCCCUGCUGAUGAGCAAUGAACCCGACUUUGUCCAUGUGUGGUUCGGCCUGGCCAAGCUGGGCUUCGUAGUGGCCUUCCUCAACUCCAACAUCCGCUCCAAAUCGCUCCUGCACUGCCUGAGCAGCUGCGGGCCCAAGGCCCUCGUGGUGGGCGCAGAUUUGCUUGGAACUGUAGAAGAAAUCCUGUCCAGUCUCCCGGAAGAUAUCACUGUCUGGGGCAUGAACGAUUCUGUUCCACAAGGUGUGAUUUCACUCAAGGAAAAACUGAGCACAGCGUCUGAGGAGCCGAUCCCACACAGACACCAUGCUACCGCUAUGCUGAAAGCAAAUUAUCUGUAUAUUUUCACCUCAGGAACAACAGGUCUGCCCAAAGCAGCUGUGAUCACCCAGAUGCAGGCGAUCAAGGGCUCUGCUGGAUUGUGGGCUUUUGGUUGUACUGCUGAUGACAUCAUUUAUAUAACGCUUCCUCUGUAUCACAGUGCAGGAUCUCUCCUGGGCAUUGGUGGAUGUAUUGAAUUAGGUGCCACUUGUGUGUUAAAGAAGAAGUUCUCAGCCAGCCAGUUUUGGGUUGACUGCAAGAAGUAUAAUGUGACUGCGUUUCAGUACAUUGGAGAACUUUGUCGCUACCUUUGUAAACAACCUAAGAGAGACGAUGACAAGGACCACAGGGUGCGUAUAGCCAUUGGAAAUGGUUUGCGGAGUGAUGUAUGGAGAGAAUUUUUGGACAGAUUUGGAAAUAUAAAGAUGUGUGAAUUUUAUGGAGCAACUGAAGGAAACAUUUGUUUCAUGAACCACACUGGGAAAAUCGGAUCGGUUGGGAGAACAAAUUGGUUUUACAAACUUUUUUUCUCUUUUGACUUGAUAAAAUAUGAUUUUCAGAAAGACACACCCAUUAGAAAUGAGCAGGGUUGGUGCAGUAGUGUGAAAAAAGGAGAACCUGGACUCCUAAUUGCUCAAGUGAGUGCAAAGAGUCCAUUCUUUGGUUAUGCUGGGAAUAAGAAGUACACAGAAAAGAAGUUGCUUUGUGAUGUUUUUAAAAAGGGCGAUGUUUAUUUUAACACGGGAGACUUAAUGGUGGAAGAUCAAGAUUUCCUUUACUUUUGGGAUCGGACUGGGGACACUUUCAGAUGGAAAGGAGAAAAUGUUGCAACCACAGAGGUGGGAGAUGUUAUUGGAAUGUUGGAUUUCAUACAGGAAGCAAAUGUGUAUGGUGUGGCGGUGCCAGAUUAUGAAGGAAGAGCAGGAAUGGCUUCAAUUAUUUUAAAACCAAAUAGGUCAUUAGACUUGGAAAAAGUUUAUGCUCACGUUGUAGCAUUUCUACCAGGUUAUGCCUGCCCACGGUUUUUAAGAAUUCAGGACAAAAUGGAAAGAACUGGCACCUUUAAACUACAGAAGUUUCGGCUGGUAGAAGAAGGAUUUAACGCACUGAAAAUUUCUGAUCCACUUUACUUUCUGGAUAACUUGAAAAAAUCUUAUGUUCCAUUGACCAAAGAACUUUAUGAACAAAUUAUGUUAGGGGAGAUAAAACUUUAAAAUAUUGUACAUAUAGGAUUUUCAUAUGCUUCAGUAGAAGCAGUGAGAGAGGAAGUAAUUUUUUUCAUUAUGAAAUGAGGAAAAGGAACAUUAAUUAAGCAAAUGUUAUGUUAAUCUGAAAGAAGGUUCUUUAUUAAGAAAUUUAAUAGCUUUAAGUGGUAUGAAUUUUAAUAGAUUUUUAACACAUUUUUGAACUCAGUACAUAACUAAACACUUGCCUUAAUUUUAUAAAGAUUUUAAAGUAAAUAUUUAAUAGUUAACAAUUUAGAUACUAAAAAUGUACUUCAUAAUAUUGAAAGAUUCUAGUUUUGAAUGAAUGAGUUUUACUAAAAUAUUUGAUUUUUAUGUGUCCUAUAAUUAAAUAAAAAACAUAUUCAAUUAU